CAGCAACAGGAGCAACAGCAACAGUGGCAACAACAGCAACAUCAACAGCUCGACGGCUCGGCACUCACCGCAGCAACUGGCCAACGUGCAACAAGUCACAGGACAAUAUCAAUUUUUUUUCAAAGUGCCAAAAACCCAGUGUGUUUGUGUUUUUUUUUUCGAAUUACUAUACAUUACAUGUACAAGAGUAUUUUUUUCGAAUUUUUUGUGAACCGAACAAGCGAAAGCAAUGCAAUAGUUAUCCGAGCACCCCCAUCGAAUCACUCGAACUACCUGAUUAGCCACGGAAGUACAACAAGUCAGAAGUCGGACACUUACCUGAUCUACUCACCACAGAACCCUUAAGUCAUACACUCAGAGGACCUGACAAGCAACAGAUGCUUUAACAAUUGAUCAAGUAAACAAAACAAAUAAUAUAAAAAGGGAGGAAAAGCCGCAGAUGCCAGGGUGAUUUUAAAUGCCCAAACCGAGGGAGUAGAAAGCUUAGGCCAAAAAGGUAACCAGAACCCAGGAAACCAAGCUCAGACGAGGCAGCAGCCAGUUAAGAAGACAAAAUCAACAUUGUAUCUCUGUGUCUCUGUGUGUGUAGCAAACCAAUCAGAACCCCCCUCCUCCCAAAAGCCCCAUUAAUAGAUAGCAAAAACACAAAGACCUAAUCACCGCACUUUCGGCUAGCCGAAAACCGAAAAUCGAAAAAGAAAACCCUCGAAACCGCAUUUGAAACCGCAUCGAAACGCAAAAGCCGGAGGAUCUAGAAGGCGCGACAGAGGAGGGCCGCCGGGGCGGCAGGAGCCGAAGGAUACAGAUACAGAUACAGAUACCGAUACCGAUAGAGAUAAAGAUACCGUUUGCAGUACAGAUACUUCCGAGGAUCGGCGGGCGCUGCCACAGAAACCAGAACAUGCGCCAUGUCAAAACUGCGGCAUUACCGGUCCAUGGAUCAGCCCUGCAGCAGCACCUGCGUGGUCAUACGCAAAAAGACUAUGACAGCCAUUUGUUUCGUGUGCAACCUGCCCAUCAUGUCGCACCAAGUGGGCUUGGUGUGGCAGGGCGGCAACGGCUGGGACGAUCUUGUGCGCGAACAGCUGGAGGAGUCCACCAUCCGGCAGCGGCUGGGCGGGCGGCGGGACUCGGCGGCGCAGAUCACCACGCCGCCGAGCACCUCGCCGCCGCCGGGACUGCAGCGCCGGCGGCGCAGCUCGCUGGCCCAGCUGACGGACAUCCUGCGCGAGUGGAGCGGCGGCACCAAGCAGACGCAGCACCAGCACCACCAGCAGCAGCAGCAGCAGCUGCAGCAGGCGUCCCGCUCGAAGGCGCAGCUCAACCGCCGCGAGACGCUGGCGGACCUGGCCCGCAGCCUGCCCUGGCGCACCUCCACCACCACGGACGCCAGCACGGGGGCGGGCGGGGGCUCGGGCGGCGCCUGCACCACGUAUAUGGCGCCCCGCAAGCGGCGGGAGUCCUCCGCGGACUCGGGCAUCCGCAGCAUGCGCUCGCGCCGCGACUCCAACACCGCCGAGUUCGUGCGCCACUGGAAUCGCCGCGAGAGCGGGGCAGUUGAGGAGCAGCCCAGCAGCUGCGUCGCCGUGCCCGUCGUCGUGGAGUGCUCUAAAAGCGCCUCCCGGCGCGGAUCCGGGGAGAGCUAUCUGUCCAGCAGUCGCCGCGAUAGCAACGUGGCCGGGCGGGUGACCACGCCCCCGCCUCCGGGCAAGUACCAGAUGGCCAAGAAGCGCGACUCGCUGGCCGCGCCGGAGUUCCCCAAUUUCCGGCAGGAGCAGCGCCCGUCCACCAGUUCCGCCGGCUCCUGCUCGGACCACUCCAUGCCCCUGAUCUCGACGCACUCCAGCACUCACCACCUGGCCCACCAGCAGGUGGACUCCGCCUGUCAGGCUCUCCCACCGCCGACGAUCAUCACCAGCUCCGUGACGCCGCCGGCGACGAGUCCAACGGCGCCGAAGGGUCGCCGCGACUCGCAGACGCAGUGCGGCCGAGUUAAUCGACGGGACUCCAAGGCGGGCGUCAGUCCGGAGAGGGCGCCACGCCUCCAGCGGCUGCAGCGCCAGGCGACCGCCUUCGACGAGGGCUGCCUGCCGGGCGGCAGUAGGCGUGGCUCCCAGCCCGCCCUCAGCCCUGAUCCGCCGGAUGACUGUGAGAGGAGGACCUCGCGGCGGGACUCCCUGUCGCCGGAUAGCGCCUCGCGCGGCGGACGCCGGGAUUCGAGGACCCACCUGUCGCCGGAUAGAUCCCACGAGCGGGAUGGCAGUCCCAGACGGCACACUCUGCGCCGGCAGAGCAGCUCGGCGGCCAGGUCGCCGAGGUCGCCGGACUCGAACAGCUGCUGCUCCUCGCGGGAUCCCAGCCCCUGCUCGCGGCCACAGACGCAGACCACCGUGGAGCAGAAUCAGCGGCCAGCGAUCCGCAGGCAGUCCACCACGGAGGAGAUCCUUAUCGCAAGGGGCUUCCGGCGACAGUCGACCACCGAGGAGAUGAUCCGCUGCCGGAACUUCAGGCGACAGAGCUCCCAGAGCGACGACGUGUGUCGUUAUCGCGGCAGACGCGACUCCUCGGCGCAGAUAAUCGACGGAACCAUUGGCACCAUGACCGUGGAGACGACCAGCACAUUCUUCGACUCCAGCACCCAGACAGAACCAUCGCCGCUCUACGACAACAAUCACUAUCAUGAGGAGUGCCUGCGCUGCAAUUCCUGCGGCCUGAACCUGACCGGGCCCAACCAGAAGCGGGCCAGGAGAUUCAAGAACCAGAUCCUGUGCGACCUGCACUUCGCGGACGUGGCCCUAAUGGAGUGCUCCGAUUUCAUGCAGCAGCUGCGGAGCUUCAAGCCGCAAUCCUUGGGAUGCGCGGUGGCCAGGCGCAAGAGCUCCACCACGCUGAUAUUCCCGCUGCCACCGCAGGCCUGCUCAGAUGAGUUCUGCGAGGAGUAUCCGCACAACCUGAUGCCCACUCCUGGCUACUGGAUCGAGUGCUCCCGCCAGAAGAUCACCAUGCCCACGCCGCACACCAUUUGGGACGAGAGCGACUCGGAGCACGAGGACAUCCGGGCCGGUAGUGCCAGCGAUGCCUACCUGGAGCGCGAGUGCAGCGAUCUCUACGAGGACGACGAGGACUCGGAGGCCACACCCAGUCCGCGCAAGAAGACCACCAUCGAGGAGCAGUGGGACCAGCAGGGCGCCUUCGAGCUGAUCUCCGUGGAGCAGGAGACGUACGAGAAGUACUUCUACGGCACCGAGCACUGGAACUACUUCACCAGCGACGAGGACCUGGGUCCGGUCAUCCUGUCCAUCAAGCAGGAGACGCUCAACGGACGGGAUCAGUUCCGCAUCCUGGUGCGGGCUGGAUCCUACACAGUGCAUGGACUGAUACCGGCGUCCUGUGUGUUUGCCGAUAGAUAUAAUCGCGAGGAGGUAGUUAGAUCUUUAGGUAAAGAAGUUAAUUUAAAUCCACCUUUAACGUUAGGACAAUUACCCGAUACGCCAGAGGAAUUAUUAAAAUUAGAUCAGGUUUUUAUAAAAUCAGAGUUAAAAGUUGGCGUCAUAUUUGUCAAAGAGGAUCAGUAUACCGAAGAGCAAAUUCUGGACAAUAAUGAAAAUUCACCGCUCUUCGACGAAUUCCUCACGCUUCUGGGCGAUCGAGUCCGGCUGCGCGGAUUUGAUAAAUACAAAGGUGGCCUUGAUACGGUGCACGACCUGACAGGUCUCUUCUCCGUGUACACGAACUGGCGCAACAUCGAGAUCAUGUUCCAUGUGUCCACUUUGCUGCCCUACGAGAAGCACGAUCCGCAGAAGCUCCAGAGGAAGCGCCACAUCGGCAACGAUAUCGUCUGCGUGGUCUUCUUGGAGGCGGACAACACCCGCUUCAGUCCCGCCUGCAUCAAGAGCCACUUCCUGCACACCUUUAUUCUGGUUCGUGUUUCGGCGCGGAUCAAGCACAAGCCCACGAGGUACGAGGUGUCCGUGGUGACCCGCGACGAGGUGGGUGCCUACAAGCCCUACCUGUGGGAGCAGUCCGUCUUCGAGAAGGGGCCGAUGUUCCGGGAAUGGCUGCUGACGAAGAUCGUGAAUGGCGAGAGGGCCUCGUACUCGGCACCGAAAUUCGCCCGGAUGCAGGAGCGAACGCGGUCGCAGAUGCUCGAGGAUCUGGUGAUGAAUCUGUCGAAUCAUGCGGAAACUGGACAGAUACCGAAGCCGUAUAGGCGCGGCAGCUGGCGACCGAUCGGUCACAUGCGACCCUCGUCACCACUUCUGGACUCCGUUCGCGAUCAAUUCGAGGACUACGACCAGCUGGCCAAGGACUUCACCCGCGUAUUCCUAAACGAAGAACCAUCGUGCCUGACCAACGCCCAUCUCUUCGACGUCGUGUUCCUGGUGGGCCAGUCCAAGCAGAAGGCUCGAUUUAUCGGGGUCCGGGCGAUCCUGGGAGUGCGGAGUCGAGUCUUUCAGGAAAUGCUGUACGGCAUCCAGACGGGCUUCGGAUCGCCGCAGAUCCCGGUGGCGGAGAUCUUCGCGCGGCCCGCCCCAUCGCUGGUGUCGCCGCAGAACCAGAAGCCCAAGAGCAACAACUACCUGACCGUGCCCGACUCGGACUCCAUCCGGCCGAAGAGCGUGCCCUCGUCGCCGAUGGUGAAGCGGGCCUUCUCCCGGCUGGGCACCAUCACGGCCGGGUGGGGCCGGUCCAUCCGGAACAAGAACACCAACCAGCUGAACCCGGACGACAAGAAGAAGUGGAUCUCGUCGACAGAUUGUUCGAACAGGGACAGCAAGGACAAGGACAAGGACAAGCCGGGCAACAACCAGCUGGCCGUGCCACGCCUCUCCGUCUGCGCCGACGCCCAGAAGGUCGAUCGCGCCAAGCUGGCCCAAACCGAGUUCAACAUCAUCGAGUUCGACCCGGACACCUUCCGGGUCCUGCUCGACUACCUGCACACGGGCACCUGUCCGCUGACCUGCGUCUCCAUACCAGGCCUGCUGUGCGCCGCGGAGCACUACGACCUACCCGAGCUGCUGCAGGCGUGCUUCCACCACUGCAAGCAGUUCCUGCGCAUCGAGGUGGUCUGCCCGAUGCUCAUCUCGCUGGAGAACUACUACUGGCGCUACACAUCCGCCUCCGAGCUGGUCAACAUGAUCCUGUCGUUCGUGGAGAGCAAGGCGCACUCGCUGUUCAAGUGCCCGGAGUUCCUGCACCUCUCCGAGUCGAUGGUCCAGAUGAUCAUGUGUCGGGAGCUGCAGACGCCGGAGAUCCGCAAGUUCGAGGCGAUGCUGGCGUGGGCCCAGCACAAGGUGGGCAAGCUGAAGAACCAUCCGAACAAGGACACCCAGUUCGAGUUCGAGUGCAUUAUGGAGCGGCUAACGCGCGAUCUCAACCUGUGCCGGAUCUCGCCCAGCGAACUGCUCACCGUCGUCCUGCCCUCCAAGUCGAUGAAGAACGAACGCAUCAUGGAGACGCUCAUGGUGCAGGUGAAUCUGGGCACCUAUCGGAUGCCCGAGUUGGAUGCGUACCGUCAGCAGUUGCGCCAGCAGGAGUCCGCCGAGGCCACCGUCCAGGUCCACCGGGGUGGAUGAGACAGUAAGAAUGUGAGUUUCGAUUUGGAGCAGCA